GAGAUGGACGAUCUUGUGGUUAAGUUGCGCGAGUUGGUGAACACGAACCCUGAAGAAGCGGCUCGACUGCACGUUCAGGCAGUCUCGAUUCUUGACGAAACUGAUCGUUUGAUAGAAUCGAAGUUACCCGAUGCGUCUUCGUGCCCUCAGUUCACUCCGUUUCCAAUGAAAGAAAGUAUCUUAAGACAUACGUUACGUAAUAAAGUGAUGCCCGAGAAAACGACCACAACGAUGCGUUUCACGACGUUCGCAGAUGUCGAAGAGACUGAACUCGUUGAACUGAAAGCCGAUGGUGUCGUAGAUGAACGAAAAGAGUUCAAUCACAAAAAAUCAUUCGGAGAGAAAAUUUCGAAUUUAUUUGCAUCUGAAAAUAGUAACGAAAAUGGUGACGAAACGAAACGCGACACGAAGAGACAAUCGAAUAAAUGGAAUUUGUUUUGUACGAACAAAGAGAAAGAAACGCAUUCGAAGACUGGUAACGAUGUGAGGGAUUUAUGGAAAACACAAUUUGAAUUCUUUCUGUCGAUAGUUGGUUUCACGGUAGGUGUUGGCAAUACAAUAAAAUUUCCUUCGUUAGCAUAUCAGUAUGGUGGAGGUGUUUUUCUGAUUCCAUAUUUCGUUUGUUUGGUUCUCUUCGGUCUUCCGAUUGUAUUCAUGCAUCUUUGCAUUGGUCAGUACUCAGGACUGUCAGCGAGCGGUGCGUUCUGGAAGAUGAUGCCAAUUGCAUCCGGCAUCGGAUGGACAUUAGUGGUGCUUGCGUUGCCGGUGUCCAUUUAUUACAACAUUAUUGUCGCAUGGUCUGUCUACUACUUUUGGUUCUCAUUGAAAGGCUUCUUUACGGGUGUUCUUCCGUGGAAUCGUUGUGCUGCACGUUGGUUCAGAAACUUUUCGAAAUGA